AGCGUUAGCGAGUGCGGCUUGUUAGUCGUUAGGUUAAGGUAAAUAAAAUCUUUGGGCUUUCUUUGGCGGAGUGGCGUCUGCCCCAAAGAAUAAACCACUGCCGUCUACUUCACAGAGUACUUUUACCUACUUAGUUCACAUACUUCAUGUCUGUGUGAUUGUCAUAAUAAUUGAUAGUUCAAAUUUCUACUUUCACAAGUUUUGAAAUAUUUUAUUCGAAAAUUGUUUGUAUUGAAUACAAUAUCACGUUUGAAGUUUGUUGUGGUAUCACAAGCACAAGUGUUGAUAAUACUUUGAUGUGGAAGAUUAUUAUUAUUUUACAGAACAAUGUGGUAUCUUACUUCUGAAACUGAUUCUAGAGUGAUUUAUGUGUUACUUGGAAAGGAUGUUACAAUUGGAAGAAGCCUUGAUGCGCAAUUUUGUAAUUUUGCUAUUCCAGAUGAUCCAUCAAUAAGUCGAAAACAUGCUAUUUUAUCCUUGUCCGGAAGUGACCUUACAUUGCGGGAUUUGGGAUCUAAAUAUGGUACUUUCAUUAAUAACAACCUAGAAAAUGUACAAAGUGAUAUAGAUCAUAAACUUACAGUUGGCGAUUCUGUAAAAUUUGGUAAGAUGCAAUCUAUUUGGAAUGUAAAGCAGAUUAAAUUUAUUACAUGUACAUCUACUCUUAAGGGAGAAAACCUACAAACAUUGAAAGAAGUAUUAAAACGUAUGGGUGGUAUUUUAAAGAAUGAUUGGGAUGAGACUUGUCUGUAUUUGACUAUGCCAGCUAUUACGUUAACUAUAAAAGUGGUAUUGGCAUUAGCACAGGGCUCAUAUAUUGUGAAUACAGAUUUUUGGUCUAAAUGUAUCGAAUCAAUCGAUAAAAACUUACCCUUACCUAAUCAAAACUUUUUUGUUCCUAAGAUAGUUGAGUCAACUUUAAAUAAAGAAAAAGUAUCAUUUCUACCAGAUGAUAGUCGUAAGCUGCUUUUUAAAGACAAAAAAUUUGUGUUCUUCUCAAAAAAGCAAUAUGAAAUGUAUAAACAGGUACUUCUUAAGAGUUCUGCAUCCCCUCUUCUAUUAAGUGAGACUAAAUUAUCUAAGUCCAGUCUCACUGAAGAUGAUAUUAUUGUUAUACAAUACAAUGCAACAGGACCUCAAGAGUCACAAGCACAAAAAGAACAAAUGAAUGAUAUUGUUAGUUAUUUAAAAAACAAGGGGAAAAGGGUAAUAGCUGAUGCUGAAAUAGGUCUAGCUGUCUUAUUUUGUUCCACAAAUAAAUAUUGCAAUCCUAACUUCAGCUUCAAGACUGAAGUAUUAAAGCAAAGUGCACAAUUUGAAGGAAAGGCUAAAAUAUUAGCUCAAGAGUCUCAAGAACCUACACAAAGUUUAUGUGAAAAAGAAAAUAUUAUAAUAAAUGAAACCCUUCCUUCUAAAAGUGAUCAAAAUAAUAGUGCUAAGAGAAAAAUAAGUGAAGAGGAUGAUAUAAAUUGCAGCUUGAACAAAAAGUUAGCAACAGGAAAUUCUUCAAAUCCAAAUUCCAAUGAUCGAAAGAGAGUAGCUGAGGAAGAAUUAUCUAAAUUUCCAAAAAAGAAGGCUUUAUUGAAUGCAGAUGAUGAUGAAAUGUUCAAUUUUAUAUCACAUAAGUCACAAAACAGCACAGAUACUACAAACAAGAAGUUGAAUUUAUCAAAGCCAUCAAAGAGAAAAUUUGAUGAUGAUGAUAAUAUUGAUGAUGAUUUGUUUGACUUUGUUGGAACAAAGAAACCAUGUACUGAUAAAAAUAGGGCCCAGACAAAUGAUAAUUCAGAUGAAGAACAGUUGCAACCAAAAAAAAUUGUUGCAUCUAUUACUGAUGAUGUAGAUGUCAAAGCUCUUCGAGGUUGUAAAUUACAGGAAUUAAUGGCUGGGAAUGCCAAUAUUAUUAACCCAAAAAUUAUUAAAAAAGAAGACACCACAGAGCUGGAUGAAAAGUUUAGUAAGAUUGAUUUAGGUUGUCCAGUUAUAAAUAUUCGCAAUGAUUUAAUAGUUAAGAAAGAACCAGUCCAAAUGAAAUCAUUUGAUGGAUUAGGUUUGAAAAAUUUCAAGAAAUUCAAAAAGGUUUGGCCUGUGAAAAUGCAGGUAUCUGUUAUAUAAUAAAAUGGAUAACAAGUAAUAGAUUAAGGUCUUUGAUAAGAAUUUUUAAUUCCAGCAUUUAUGAUUUUCAAUUGUAAUGAUAAUUUUGACAUUAUAACAUUUAUAUACA